CAGUUGAGUACAAUCUCGGUAACAAACUACCGGAAAGGCUUCAAGUUCAAUCCCAGCGAUGGAGCCUUAAGUAUUAAAAUCUUAUUAGGGUAAUUUAUUUUUCAACUUCCCAAGACCAUCUAAGAAGGCUAGGGGCGCCAGGAUUAUUAAAGCGAAUACCUAAGUUGAACCAGAGAGGAGCCCGGCAAGGACUGGCUUUGUGCCAGGGCAUCCCCAGACACUGAGGAUGCCGCAUUCAGCAGGAGGCAUAGUUGUGGUUUCCCGCUCGCGCCUCAUCGGACAAGCCCUGGAGGAAACAUAUAAACAGCUCCAAAGGGCCACACCUUCCUGGCUUCUUCCUCUGGCAAGGCGAAGGAAGAGGGGGAUGAGAAGGAUUGAGACCUGGGUUUCUUUCUUUCUUUCUUUCUUUCUUUUUUUUUUUUUGGUGCCUCCUGCAGGCCUGGAACCUUGUUUGUCAGAGUCUCUGUUUCCCGAGGUUGCUGUAGGGAAGGGUUUAAGAGGGGGACCGAGGCAGGCAGAUUGUAAACAGAGAGCCGAGGUUCCGAGAGAGGCGCCGGCUCCGAGCUGUCAUCGCGGCCGGACGAGGAGGACAAGCGUCGAGGAGGGCUGGCGGCGAGCCCUGCCUCACCUGCGCGCCGGUGCUGGUGCCGGCGGGGUUGGGGGUGGGAAAAUAGUUUCCUGUGGACAGCAACCAAAACAAUUCAUGACUUGUGAAACUUCAACUUAUAGGAGCAUUUCUUCCCUACUGUCCUCGGUAAAAGUCCAUUGGAAGCUGAUCCUGCUAGAGAGUACCUUUUAAUAACCAAAAAGUUCCAAGAGUGCUUGUGACUUCUUUAUUGCAUCUAAUUAAAUUAAAUGAAGGUACUUCCUCUGUUCCCAGAACUACUUUCUUGAUGCACCUCAUCUUUUUGGUGUUAGAAUAUUCAUGAAAUUCUCACCUCACCCAGUUUAGGACACUUGAAUCUCUUGAAAACCCGUGAAAUGGAAGCCUUAGAAGUAGACGAUAUCAGUCCAGCUUUGGAAGUGACAGAAGAUUUUUUCAGUUGUUUUGAUAAUAAAUUAGAAAAGGUGGUACAGCAAGCUGAGGUUUAUGGGAUUCAGGAAGUCCCUGAACUAGUUGGGCAUGAAGUAUUCAAUAAAAUAGCAGACAGUGGUGCCAUGAGGAGUGGUACCUCCUUGGGCAAAGGCAGCAGCAUCAUUUGGGAGAGCUGUCAAAGUGGUCUCUUAGAAACCAAAGUACAAAAUUCGUUCCCUGCCAAAGAACAGUUUAUAGUCCAGAGAGGUAUGGCUCCUGAUAACCUCUCCUGGAUGGAACAAAGGGAAGCUUCAACCUUUAAUUUUUUCAACAUCUGUCAACGUCGGAGAGACAGGCCUCGAUCUGUGAAUGACUUACUGGAUGAAACCUCUUCUUUCAAGCCAGGCCAUGCUCGAUCCCGGUCAGAUACCACCCAUGUGGAGUGGGGAGUAGUCUUCAAAUCAACUCCUUUGCAGCAGGUGACUGUUCAAGGUACUCAGUCAACAAAGUCACCUUUCUUAUCACUAUCCCAACACAAAGGAAAAGAUGCUCAAGGAAAUACAGAACAUAGACAGACAUUCCCAAAUAUUCUGAAGAAGGGUUACCUUGAAAUUAGGAAAGGUCAUGACAGUUACUGGCAAAGCUGUUAUGCUGAACUUUCACCUUAUAAUCUGUACUUUUACUCUCUUGACAACAGUGGCAAUCAAAACCUUUAUGCCACCUACCAGCUUUCACGCUUCCAGAGUAUAUCAGUCCUGGGCAACCUGGAGAGCAGAAUAGUGGAUACAGUCCUAUCUGAUAAUACCCAGCUACAGCUGAAAGCAGAGUCACCAUGGGAGGCCUUGGAUUGGGGGCAGAAACUUUGGGAGAUGCUACAUGUUGCUGUGCCAACUUAUAUGGGGCAACGCGAUGAGCUAGAAAACUCCCCAGUGCUAGGACAUGAUGGCUUUAGUCAUACUCACGGCUUACGGAAGUCCAAUGAGCUGCUCCAGUCAACUUCUUUCAUGGAUAGCUUGAAACAAUAUCAAAACAUCCUAAAGUCUGGGACACUUUAUAGACUGACUGUCCAAAACAACUGGAAGGCUUUUACGUUUGUACUGAGUAAAGCCUAUCUCAUGGCUUUUCAGCCUGGUCGGCUAGAUGAGGAUCCACUGUUGAGCUACAAUGUUGAUGUUUGUCUAGCUGUUCAAACCGACAACCUGGAUGGCUGUGACUCUUGUUUUCAAGUCAUCUUCCCACAAGAUGUCCUCCGCCUGCGGGCUGAGACUCGGCCAAGAGCACAAGAAUGGAUGGAAGCCCUGAAAACAGCUGCCAAUGCAGCGAGGACUUUAGGACAAAACCUACAAGUCACUCUUAGAAAUAAAUCGAGAGAUCAAAUGGGUGGGCAUGAUCUCAGGAAGAACAAACGCCAGUCAGUGACUACCAGCUUCCUCAGUAUUCUUACAACGUUGUCUUUGGAGAGAGGACUCACUGCUCAGAGUUUUAAAUGUGCAGGCUGUCAGCGAUCCAUAGGCUUGUCCAAUGGAAAAGCCAAGGUGUGCAGUUACAGUGGAUGGUAUUACUGCAGUAGCUGUCAUGUGGAUGACCAUUUUCUAAUCCCAGCACGGAUAGUUCACAACUGGGAUAUUGCAAAAUAUAAGGUAUCUAAGCAAGCCAAAGAGUUUCUGGAAUAUGUAUAUGAAGAGCCAUUGAUUGACAUCCAACAGGAAAAUCCCAUGUUGUACAGACAUGUUGAGCCCCUGGCAACUGUCGUUCGUCUAAGGCAACAACUGAAGUCUCUGCGAGCCUAUUUGUUCAGCUGCCGAGCUGCUGUGGCCGAGGAUCUCCGCAGAAGAAUUUUCCCCAGAGAAUACCUCCUUCAACAGAUCCAUCUUUACUCUCUUGCAGACCUUCAGCAAGUGAUUGAAGGAAAGCUGGCCCCUUUCUUGGGGAAGGUCAUUAAAUUCGCCACCUCACAUGUGUACAGCUGCAGUUUAUGUAGUCAAAAAGGCUUCAUCUGCGAAAUCUGUAACAAUGGAGAGAUUCUUUACCCCUUUGAAGAUAUUUCAACAAGCAGGUGUGAAAGCUGUGGGGCAGUUUUCCACGCGGAGUGCAAAGUGAAGUCAGUCCCUUGUCCCAGGUGUGUCCGACGAGAGCUGCAAAAGAAGCAGAAAUCCUUCUGGAGGAGGCUAAAUAUGGAUGAGAGCCUGGAAGAGGCGUGCAGCAUGUUUGAGCUGUCUUAUCAGAACACAUGACCGCCAGCCACAAGCCCUGGGGGGAGAAUGACCUGCUGGUGCGAUGACAGGUGGCAGAACAACUUCUGACAAGCCAGGCACAUAUGAUGGCAGGAAGAGGUGACUGUCCUUUAGCUAGAGAUGCUGACACGUAGAUGUAGAUGUUUUCCUAUGUGCAUAGGGACUGUCAAAAGGACCGUGGAGCCUUCACGGCUUGCAAAUUACUACUAGCCGAAUUACAUUUUGUGAUGAUGUUCAGCUGCUUCAUCUCAAGCAAGAUGUAGUUUGUACCCAAUGCUUUAGAGGUCACAGACUUUUUUCUUUGGGGCCCUCCAGAGCUGUUUUAUUGUAUAGGCAGAAACAUUUUCUGCCUUGCUUAUUAUUUCAUUCUAGGGUUGUCAUUUAGUAAGCAACAGCAGUGCUUCGGGUGAUUUUUGUUGUUGUUAUUUAUUUUUAACCUUCACAGAAGCUGAAGCAUCUGUUUCAUGGGAAAGUUUUCUGAAUACAGUGAUUCCUCUUGGCUCCUUCCCAGACCCUCUGUCACUGGUUAUAUCCCCCCAUCUUAGUUUCUGCCAUAGGAACAACAAUCCCCCUGUCCGUAUUUCACCUAAACAAAGCAGAAUAAUUUAGAAGUCACUCACAGGUGCUUCUUCUGGCAGCAUUCAUCCCAGUUGAAUGGAGCUAACUCUGAUUUUUAAGUUAUACUUAUAAAUUUUGCUUCCUUAUAAAAGAUAAGAUUUCUAUGAAAAAAUUAAUCAGAUUGUUGACAUAUAUCCCAACAGCAUUCUCUUCAUUGGGUGGCCUUAGACCAUAUUUACCAUAGUCACAGCUAUUUUAAAUCAGAAAUGCCACAGAAAAACCCAGUGUUCUGUCCACAGGGGUAAUAUUUAUGACUUUUAAUGGGGCUGGACUUGGAAGAAAUUCUAUAAUUUUACUCAAUGCUGCAACUAAUAGACUGGUAAAUACCAUCUGUAAUGAUCCUAUUCCAGGAGAAGAUGCCUUCAUUGACUUUAAAGGAAAAUCACUGUAUUGCCUAUAAAUUCUUCCCAAUAACCUUCUGUCUUGGUUUCCACCAGAGCUGUGUCAUUUAGGUGUCUCACCUACCACUUCAUUCCAACUCUGCUUUCAUGUUUUGUCGGGUUUUUUUAAGCCCUUACCUUCUGUCUUAGAAUCAAUACUGUGUAUUGGUUCCAAGUCAGAAAUGCUGGUAAGGGCUAGGCAAUGGGGGUCAAGUGACUUGCCCACAGCUUUUUGGUCCAUUUUAUUUAUACUACUUGAGUACUAAGAAUAAAGUAAUAACCAAUAUACUACUUUAAAGGGAAAACAAUGCUAGAAAAUAUAUCUACUUUAAUAUAAAAUCAUGAGUGCUUCAAUAAAUAGGAAAAGUAAUUAGUUGCUUUGCUGCUCAGCAGUGUUGUGGUAUUCCCAGUACUGCAUCCUUUUCAAGGUCACGGGUACUAUUGUCACUGGGACAGAAAUAAAAAUGGCAGGUGGGGUAGCCCUGGAACACGAUUUGCUUCCAUUCCCUUCCAUUAUGUGUAAGUCCUACUAGAUAGUAAAGCAUGUUGAAACUGAAGGUAAAUUCCUAAACAACCUGGGAGGUCCAGUUUAUUUCAUUUCUGAUCAGAAAUCUUUGACUUCUUUGUGACUUGAUUGUUGCUGAGUUUUUAAAACUCCGAACCCUCCAGAAUGUAUCAUCCCUUUUCUCCCUUCUCCAGAACUCGGCACAUGUAUUUUCAUGUCACUCUCACACAAAGGAAUAGCUGAGCUGACUGGUGCUGGCAGGCAGUUAGAUGUGAACAUUUCACCUCUUGACUCACAUCAGUCCCUCAUACUACAGACCACACAUUUAAACUUAAUAGCUAACCACCAGGCGUUUAGUUUCUGAAUUAUACAGUAGCCGGAGUGCUGUAGCUGAGGCAUGAAAACUUGUUAAAAGGCCAGGCCCUUUUCAUAAGCAGCCUUCUGGUGCCUUUUCCCCUUGGAAAAACAGGUUAUCUUCACCACCACUCUGCCCUCCCUCUCUUCUCUUUCCUCCUCCCCAUUCCUCAACAUGGGUUGCGCACACAAGAGAAGGGGUGGAAAUUUUAAAAUAAGCCUGGCAGACAGGCAAAUAAUUGGAUCUCCCCUCACCCCCCCCCCCCACGCUCCUGAAAUACAGUAUUUAUAUUUUCCAGCCUCAGAGAAGAUAGCAGAACAUGAUCUUUCACAAGAGAAUUCUAGACCUGCUUAUUAUAAAACAGAUGUGCUCCAAUGGCAAAGUGCCUUCCUCCCUCCACCCCCAGUUCCUUGUCACUGUAGCUUGUUUUUUGCUUUUGUUAUAAUUAGUGUAUCUGUGAUACUAGCUAGGAGUGAGCCUAGCAUUUGGAGCUCACUAGCGUAGUGAGCUGCAUUUGGAAGCACGAGGAGUCAGAUGGCUCUCCUCUUGUGACACGCUUUCUGUACAGAAUUACCCAGCCUCAGACCAUCCCAGGAACAGAGACGGGAGCUUGGCUUUGUUUCACAAAGUGCCCAUGAAGGUGGCCUCGCUAAACAAGGGUCCAGGGAAACCCACGAGAAAGCCAUCCACGGCCAUCACUUUCUGCAUGUUCCCCAAAGAAGACAUCCGCCCAGAUCUAGAAGCCUUUCUGCUGCUGGUGAAGCUUCACCAAGGCCCAGCUUUGUCUGCCCUGGCUGACCGGCCUCCACUCAAUGUCCCCCUCCCAUCCCAACAUCUACAAGGUGGUGUGGAGGAUCACCAACAUUCGGAUUUACACAUGCAGUGAAAAUGCAAAGUUGCCAUUUGUACCCCAGAUUGCCUUAGAAAAGUAUAGGAUCCUUCUUUAUUGUUUUCAAGCCUAAUAAAUGGCAUUGUGCAGUGCAUUCAGCAUUUGCCCCUGCUGUUAGACAACAGGCAAACUGGAUGCAAAACUCAUGGAUCUCUGCCUUCUGAAGGCCAAAUGAAUAAUCCUGCUUUCCCAUGUGUUCUGUUUCUCAUCCUGGGUUGAACGUCUUGCACAUAAGGCAUAUAACAAAAUGGCCAAUUAAUCUCCUAGAGCUGGCAGCAGGUUCGAGGAACCUUUCUUCACUGAAAGGGCCAACCAAUUCCCUGGUGCAUCCUCUGAGGAAAUCACUUCUGCCCGUGCCAGAAACAUCUUAGGGUGUGAUAUUGUCCAAUCUUGAUGAAAUAUUGGCAAGUCAAACUGUGCAGCAAAGAAGCCAGUUCCUUAAAUAGACCUCAAUUUGCACCACUGCAGGAAGGCCACAGAGCACUUAAAAUCACUUUACUGAAAUGGAAGAAGUUUUCUUUUCAGGUCCAGUUUUCCCCUAAAGCUAAAAGUAUUUGAAACAAACCAAGCAAAUGUCUUUCUUUACCUUUGUUUCUCUGCCUCUUACUGGGGUAAGAUUAUAGUUAUUUUCACAUCCCCAGAUCUAAAAUGUAAUCUUCAUUUGGAAUAUUUGAUUAGCUAAAAAGAUAACCACCUACUAAAGAGCAGAAGUUUUUUCACUUUAGGGAAAUGUUGCUAAGAAUAGAGGUUUCUGUGAUUUCUAAGAGACUGGUUUUCCUAAUUCUUCUUGAGAAGGACUUUUCUUUCAUUUCUUCUCAGCUUCUGUAAGAAGCAGAGGAUUUAUAAAAAACAAACACAAAAA